GGCGUUGCUUCCCCACUUGUGAGCCAGAUGGCGAUCCGGGGGUCAUUGUUUGGGGCUUUUGGAUCAGCAAAGCGGUGGCUGGCCACCAACCCCGACGGCACCACGAGGACGCUCACGACCUCGGACUUCUACAGGGCGGGCCUGAUCACAGGCUUUGUCGCAGCCUUCAUAGAGGGCCCCAUCGACUUCUACAAGUCGCAGACGCAGGCUCAUUUCUUCCGGAUAAAAACUGAUCCGACAUACAAAU